GGGGGCCGGGGAGGGCGGGGGUCCGUGUCUGUCCCGUGUGCCCGCCUCGGGCUUGAUGACCGAAUACGUUCCCUCGCGUGGGAGGCGAGGCGUGGAUUGCUGUCCCAGCCGCCGAGCCCCGCGCCGCGUCUGUUCGGGGAUGUGCGGAGCAGCCAGGGGUGGAACAUCAGGGGUGAAGCGCAUUGUGGCGCCCUGAGGCGUUUGACGUGUCGACGUCGUGCGGGGCUCCCACUACAGGCAUUUCUCGUCCGGACUGUGUGUUUCCGACUCCUGACAGGCUCAGUGGGAGCACAGAACAAGCAGAGCCCAGCCCAGUCACCCCGGAGCAGAAGCGGCCCGGCUUCUGGAGGGCACUGUGUCUGGAGCGGGCAGUUCAAAGCGAACACGGGGUGCUGGGUCAUGGGACCCUAGAUGAUCUAGUGAUCCCUUCUCUCAGGGAGCUGAGGCCCUGGCUUCUGCACUAUCAGAGGGCUGGAGAACAUGAGGAGACAGCCUGGGACCUCAAAGCUCCAGCCCUUCUCUGAGAGGGAGAGCAGGUGAUAGCAGCCAUGCUUCUGACAGUCUGGCCCCAGGUGAGCUGUGGGUCCUUCAGCUCUUCCUCUGAACAGUUUCAAAUUGAAGAAAAUUGGGAAGGGAAGCUGAAGUCGGUGACCUUCGAGGACGUGGCUGUGUACUUCACCCAGACGGAAUGGGAUGGCCUGUCCCCUGCACAGAGGGCCCUGUACAGGGACGUGAUGCUGGAGAAUUAUGGGAAUGUGGCCUCCUUGGGAUUUUCGCUUCUCAAACCUGCUGUGAUCUCACAACUGGAGGGAGCAGGUGAGCUGGAAGGCCCAUCUCCGCUGGCAGCUGGAACAGAAAUAGGCCCCCAGGGCCUCUGGACUGUAGAUAUUGAUAUCCAGACUGACAAUAAUUUGACAAAGGAAAUGUAUGAAGAAAAACAUAGUACAUCAUUUGAACUUCAGAGGGACCUUUCCCAGGAAACAGACUUUUCAGAACCUUGUAUUCUAGAGAAACAGCAGGAAGUCCAUUUAGUUGGAAGCAUGAAGAAAGAAAACAGCAGUGUCAUUGACAGAACAGUGAAAGAUGACACCAGCUCCAUAGAGGAGUGUUUCUUUAGUCAGAGUUCAAAGUUGGAUCAAUGUCACACCGUCACCCCUAAAGAACAGCCCCCUGAACAUAUAGCAUUGGAGAGAGCCUUCAGCUUUGACACAAAACUUCUUCAGCAUGAAAUAAUUAAUUCUGGGGAAAGACCUUUUAAAUGUGAAGAAUUAGUGGAAACCUUCAGGUGUAACUCUCAGCAUCAAGAUGGCUACACUGGGGAGAAGUCCUAUCAGUGUAAGGAGUGUGGCAAAGUCUUUAGCAUUAACGCAAAAUUAAUUUGGCAUCAAAGACUUCAUAGUGGGGAGAAACCUUUCAAAUGUGUGGAAUGUGGGAAAAGCUUCAGUUACAGUUCCCAUUAUAUCACACAUCAGACAAUCCACAGUGGGGAGAAGCCCUAUCAGUGUAAGGUGUGUGGGAAAGCUUUCAGUGUUAACGGGAGUCUAAGUCGGCAUCAGAGAAUCCAUACAGGAGAGAAGCCCUAUCAGUGCAAGGAAUGUGGAAACGGCUUCAGCUGCAGUUCUGCAUACAUCACACAUCAGAGAGUCCACACUGGAGAGAAGCCUUAUGAAUGCAAUGACUGUGGGAAAGCUUUCAAUGUUAAUGCAAAAUUAAUUCAACAUCAAAGAAUCCACACUGGAGAGAAACCUUAUGAGUGUAAUGAAUGUGGGAAAGGCUUCAGGUGCAGCUCCCAGCUGCGGCAGCAUCAGAGCAUCCACACCGGGGAGAAGCCCUAUCAGUGUAAAGAGUGCGGGAAAGCCUUUAGUAAUAAUGCAAAACUCAUUCAGCAUCAAAGAAUCCACACAGGUGAGAAACCCUAUGAGUGUACCGAAUGUGGGAAAGCCUUUAGUGUCAAAGGGAAGUUAAUCCAGCACCAGAGAAUCCACACGGGUGAGAAACCUUAUGAAUGUAACGAAUGUGGGAAAGCUUUCAGGUGUAAUUCCCAGCUACGGCAGCAUCUGAGAAUCCACACUGGGGAGAAGCCCUAUGAGUGUAAUGAGUGUGGAAAGGCCUUCAAUGUUAAUGCAAAAUUAAUGCAGCAUCAGAGGAUUCACACUGGGGAGAAACCUUUUGAAUGUAAGGAGUGUGGGAAAUGCUUUACUUCUAAAAGAAACCUACUUGAUCAUCACCGAAUCCAUACUGGAGAAAAGCCUUAUCAAUGUAAGGAAUGUGGGAAAGCCUUCAGUAUCAAUGCCAAACUAACUAGGCAUCAGAGAAUACAUACUGGGGAGAAACCUUUCAAAUGUAUGGAAUGUGAAAAAGCAUUUAGCUGUAGUUCUGACUACAUUGUACAUCAGAGGAUCCAUACUGGAGAGAAACCCUUUCAAUGUAAGGAGUGUGGAAAAGCCUUCCAUGUUAAUGCCCAUUUAAUUCGGCAUCAGAGAAGCCACUCUGGGGAGAAACCCUUUAGAUGUGUGGAGUGUGGCAAAGGGUUUAGCUAUAGUUCUGACUGCAUUAUACAUCAGACUGUCCAUACUUGGAAGAAACCCUACUUGUGUAAUGUGUGUGGGAAAGCCUUCAGGUUUACCUUCCAACUUAGUCAGCAUCAGAGUGUCCAUAGUGAAGGCAAAUCCUAAUGAGAAGGAUAUUUCUUAGAAAACUCUCAAGGUUAAUGAAAUGGAUCAAGUUUCAUCAGAUUCACCCUGCUGGGAAACUCUGAGGGAAAUGAAUAUGGCAUUUUCCAUCUUUAAGAAUCAAGAAUGAUGACUGGUUAAAAAGUAACAUCUAAAAAUAAAUAGCUUGUCUUAUACCAACAACAAGUUAGAAAAUAUGAUGAAAGAUCCCAUUCCCAAUAGCAUCAAGAAAAAAUGGAUCUCCUAGGUAUAAACUUAAUUUUUACACAGGAUCUAUACGGAGAAAGAAAUCUCCACACUGGGAGCCACUAAAGGAAAAGUAUAUGGGGAAAAGAAAGAAACCUUGUUCUUGGAUAGGAUAAUUCAUGAAGAUAGUCAAUUUACCUAAAUUUACUUCCCUUUCACUUUUGACGCCAAGCAUGCAUCACUUUUGUAAAGAGGAUAAAUAAUAAAGAUUUCCUUAGAAAGAAAA